AUGACGUCUCCUAAUGUCAACGUUACUUUUUUAAAUAGAAAGAAGCAACGAUUUUUGGCCACUGAAACUAUUGGCGAACCAAAGACAGUUAAAAUUAUUCGAUAUGUUGUUAUCUUUAUAUCCGUAGGAUUAUCAAUUGCAGUAUUUGUAAUAUUAUGCCUUGGACUUCGUAACGAAUUGCCUAGCGUUGAUAUAUCCUACAGUACAGCUAAAAGUCUGCCUACACCAUGGAAUUAUAAUUGUAACAACUAUAUUAGCAAUACUGCAUUUAAUACUACCUCGAAAAAAUAUUAUGCUGGAUUUUCAUCAAGCAACGAUAUAACUACUCGUAUUGGAUAUGCCCUUUCAAUAAAGAUCAUAGAUCCUAGUUAUAACAUUACCAAUCAAACCGAUUACAUGGAGAUGACUGCAUAUGAUAGACGAUAUGAUUUAAAUGUAAUACCACCAAGUGGACAAGAAAUUCAAUUCGAAGAAACACUUUCUCUGAAGAACACGUAUUUUUUUGGGCAACCUAGAAAUGACAUAGCUCGUUAUGAUUGGGUAUUUGAUAGGUGCAUUAGGCACGCAUUGGUUACAGAUGUCUUAAGUUACUUUGGUAGACAAAAAUAUACUGAUAUACCUUAUCUUGAUUCACAUAUGUCGACUGUUUCGACUGCGAGUUCGGGUCUUCUAUUACAAUUUAACGCGUCUACUCCAUUUAUUGUGACUGAAGAAAAAGAACAAAGGAGCAAAACUGUUUUGACCGUACUAGGUAAUAUUGGUGGUAUUUGGAGUGUUGUUGCAGCUUUUUAUAUAUUUUUAUUUGGACCUGGUUUAAUCUCACCAUGGGGUUUUAUACAAACGAAAAUAUUCAAAGAUCAUUACAAAAGAGACGUUUUACCAUUUGUUUAUGAGCCCGAUACCACUGAAGAUUUUGAUACUUCAAUACAAAAACGACUUGAUAAUUUAGAAAAAAGAAUACAAUUUUAUGAUAAAUUCAUUUUUGAUGAUCCAUUAAUAAAUUUUAUCAAAAAAGAUUCACAACCCACUACACCCAUUACCGCCACAACUUUAAAAUAG